AUGGCUGCGCGGGUGGGCCUCCUCCUCCCGCACGCGCUCCUCGUCUCCUCCGCCCGAGCUCUCCCCACGCCCCGUGCUCGCCUCCCUUAUCCCCCUCCACCCAUCCCUACCUACCGCCGCCGCGCCUCCUCCUCCUCCUCCGCCUCCCGCCCCCGCCGCGCGUCGCCGCGUCUCCUCGCAGUCCGCGCCAUGGCUUCGGGGAACCCCUACGCCGCCGAGCUCUCCGCCGCCAAGAAGGCCGUCACCCUCGCCGCCCGCCUCUGCAAGACAGUGCAACAGGACAUUGUGCAUUCUGGCGUUCAGGCCAAGGCAGACAAAAGUCCUGUCACGGUGGCUGAUUAUGGAUCUCAAAUAUUGGUCAGUCUUGCCUUAAAGAUGGAUGUAGCAUCUGGACCGUUUUCAUUGGUUGCUGAAGAGGACUCCGAAGAAUUGAGAAAAGAAGGCGCUGAAGAAAUUUUGGAAGAUAUUACUGAUCUCGUGAAUGAAACCAUCGUUGAUGAUGGUUCAUAUAACAUUUCGUUUACAAAGGAAGGUAUACUCUCUGCAAUUGAUGAUGGGAAGUCUGAGGGAGGUCCAUCUGGACGACAUUGGGUGCUUGAUCCGAUUGAUGGUACUAAAGGUUUCUUGAGGGGACACCAAUAUGCCAUUGCAUUGGCUCUGCUUGAUGAAGGUAAAGUCGUUUUGGGUGUAUUGGCUUGUCCAAAUCUUCCAUUGUCAUCAAUAAACAACCUCAAUGGUAACUCUUCGGGAGAUCAAGUCGGUGCCCUGUUUUCUGCAACAAUUGGUUGUGGGGCUGAAGUAGAGUCCCUAUAUGGCUCCCCACCACAAAAGAUUAGUGUUUGCUCCAUUGACAAUCCUGUCAAUGCAUCAUUUUUUGAAUCCUAUGAAAGUGCACACUCCAUGCAUGAUUUGACUGGAUCUAUUGCAGAGAAACUUGGUGUCCAAGCUCCACCGGUUAGAAUUGACAGCCAAGCAAAAUAUGGUGCUCUGGCCCGAGGCGACGGUGCCAUUUACUUGCGCUUUCCACACAAAGGUUAUAGAGAGAAAAUAUGGGACCAUGCAGCAGGCUCAAUUGUAGUGACAGAAGCUGGAGGCAUAGUAACAGAUGCCGCGGGAAAUGACUUGGAUUUCUCCAAAGGGAGAUUUCUCGAUCUUGACACAGGCAUCAUAGCAACGAACAAGAACUUGAUGCCAUCGCUCCUGAAGGCUGUCCAAGAGGCUAUUAAAGAGACAAACCAGGCUACCUCCCUCUUGUAG